AGUGUCAAGUGUGUCAAUUUUGUUUGCAUUUUUGCAGGGAGAAGAAAGGAAGGAAUUUUAAAGUAUUUAUAUAUGUUUACUUUCAGUUCGAUUUGAUAAACAAAUAAGUCUCAUCUAAUGUGAGAAAGUCUUAUAUAUAGUUGGAAUAGAAUAUUUAGUGAGCCCAUCUACAUAAUGGCUACAUAUAACCUAAAAAAUAUAUGUAUCAGUCUAAGCAAGUUAAGAAUCGACCACAUUGUGACACGAUCAUAUGUAAAUGCUCCUCCUAGAUUUCGGCCACCUUAUUGGUAUGCACCCAAGGAACGAGUGAUGACCAAUGAUUACUUGACACAAGAGAAUAAACAGUUUGUAGAAGAAGUAAUGAAAGAUAAAAUGAGAGCUCAAGCAGAGUUAGAAUCACCGCUAGCAAACAUUGCUGACCAAAGUAGUCAAAAGUGGGCACCAACCACUAGGAGAGUUGGUGUCAUUGCACGGAAAAUUGGAAACUAUCCUAUAUGGGAUAAGGAUGGGAAAAAAAUGCUUACUACACUUUUGCAGGUUGUUGACAACCAUGUCAUAAAAUAUAUACCACCUGAAGAGUUUAAUCCAAUGAAAACUAAUAAAGUUAUUUGGCGGGAAAAAAGAAGAUUGGGUUGUUUACUUGUGGGAUCUGAAACUAUAGAUCCUAGCACUGUCACAAAAGACUAUUGUGGCCUAUUUGACAGUGUUGGAAUGCUUCCUAAGAAACAUUUAUGUAGAUUUAUGGUGUCCCCUGAGUCUGCAUUGCCUACUGGUACACCACUAUUUGCCACGCACUUUCGGGCAGGCGAUUACUUGGACAUACGCGCUAAAACUAUGGACAGAGGAUUCCAAGGUGUCAUAAAGCGUUGGGGUUUCAAAGGUAUGCCAGCAUCUCAUGGAGUAACAAAAACGCACAGACGACCAGGAAAUAUUGGUGCUGGUGGUGAAAAAGCGCGUGUCUGGCCAGGGACAAAGAUGCCUGGUCACAUGGGAAACAGAUGGAGAACGCUGCGAGGAGUAAAAAUUCUUCGUAUUAACACCAAACAUAACGUUUUAUGGACUUUAGGCGUGGCCAUUCCAGGCGAAACAGGCGCCUUGUGUUAUUUGUACGACACAAUAUUACCGUUAAGAAAAUUAAAAUCAAGUCCGCCUUUUCCUACACACCCACCUGCUGAUGAUCUACCAAUUGAGUACUAUGAUGACACUAUUCAUCCGUUUGAAAAUCCUACCCUAACUUACGAAGAAGCUUAAUUUUAUUAAUGUUGUACUCUCAGAAAUAAACACUGUGUAAGGAUUCCAUUUGUUAAAUAAAUAAGUGGUACAAA